AGCCCGUACGUACUCAAUCUUUUCUUUCCCUGGUCCACCACUACUGUAUCGGCUCCUCUCUUCUACAUUGUUCUUCCGGUUCCAUUCAAACCCCACUGGUCGUACAGAACGCAUCUUCUAUCGCUCUAUCAGCUCUCGUCCUUUUUCCUCUUUUUCGACACCAUCGUCCAAGUCUCUUGCCUUGAGCAGAAGAUAUGCCCGGCGUGGAUACCCAGGAAGCCAGAGGGUCGCCAGGUCAAGGGGAGAUGA